AUGUGUCCAUUUCGAGACUAUAACAAAGCAGUCGAGAAUUUGAAACGUUUAGUCAUUUAUGUCGACUCUGCCCCAGAAUGUUAUGUCAUGAAAGAAUGGGAUGUUGUCUUUAACAAACCUAAAGCGACAAUAGUUUCAGAACAAGAAUGUAAACAGAAACUUAAGAAAAUAAAAGUCGUACAAGUUGGUAUGAAGAUGUUAGAUGCUUGGGAUAUCUUAUUGUCAAAGUUAGAAGAUUUUUCAGUUCGUGGUAUAAAGUUCUAUACACCUUCUCCAAACUUCUAUUCUAUCUUCACUGGAUAUAAAUACGAACAAGUAGAAUGGAAAGAAAAUGUUAUAGAAGCUUGGUUAGACCAUGUCAAAGAAAUUAUAUGCAAUGGAAACGAAAGAGUCUAUGAGUAUAUCUUAUGUUGGUUUGCAAACAUCUUACAACAUCCAAGUGCUAAAAAUGAAACUGCUCUCAUUGUAAUUGGAAAACAAGGAACAGGUAAGAACACUUUCUUUACAGAUAUCUUAUGCAAACUGUUAGAGGGCUAUUCGAACCCGAAUAUGACAAACUUAGAAAACAUCUGCGGUAAAUUUAACUCUUCAAUAGAGAAUAUGAAACUUAUAGUAUGUAACGAACUUCAAA